ACUCAAACUUCCGGUGGUGUGUCAUGGCGGCGCUGUGGACUAUGCUUGAAGUGAAAAACUGAACCCCGCUCCCUCUCUCUUCUCCUCCUGCAAGACUGGGGAGCGCUUGCGGGGUGUUUCGCGCGGUAAACGAGGCCGGUUGGAGCCCAGGGGCGGAGAGAGAGCCACGGUCCAAAUCCGCCUGACCAUGGCGGCGCACAAACCAGUGGAGUGGGUCCAGGCCGUGAUUAACAGAUUCGACGAGCAGCUCCCUAUUAAGACAGGACAGCAGAACACUCACACCAAAGUAAGCACAGAGCACAACAAGGAAUGUCUGAUCAACAUCUCGAAAUACAAGUUUUCCCUCGUCAUCAAUGGCCUGACCAACAUCCUCAAAAAUGUUAACAAUAUGCGGAUUUUUGGGGACACUGCUGAAAAGAACCUCUACCUCUCCCAGCUCAUCAUCCUGGACACUCUGGAGAAGUGCUUGGCAGGGCAAACCAAGGACUGCUUACGGCUGGAUGAGGCUAUGCUGGUGAAGCAGUUGCUCCCUGAAAUCUGUCACUUCCUGCAUUCGUGUCGUGAAGGCCAGCAGCAUGCGGCCCAGCUGCGUAGCUCCGCCUCCGCCGUGCUCUUCUCCCUCAGCUGCAACAACUUCAAUGCCGUCUUCAGCCGCAUCUCCACAAGGUUACAGGAGCUCACAGUAUGCACAGAGGACACAGUGGAUGUUCAUGACAUAGAGCUUAUUCAGUACAUCAACGUGGACUGCUCCAAAUUAAAGAGAUUAUUGCAAGAAACUGUACUGAAGUUUAAAGCACUGAAGAAGCCUGCACAGCUUGCUGUCAUCAAUAGUUUGGAAAAGGCUUUUUGGAACUGGGUGGAGUACUACCCUGAUGAGUUUACUAUGCUGUAUCAGAGACCGCAGGCUGAUAUGGCUGACUCCGCAGAGAAACUGUUUGACCUAGUGGACAGUUUUGCGGAGAGUGCUAAGAGGAAAGCAGCUGUGUGGCCACUGCAAAUCAUCCUCCUCAUCCUCUGUCCUGAAAUCACACAGAGCAUCUCCAAAGAAGUGGUGGAGGACAGCAAGGCCAACAAGAAAUUGUUCUUGGAGAGUUUGAGGAAGGCCUUAGCAGUUCAUGGCAGCAGCAAGCAACUGACAGAGAGUGCAGCCAUUGCCUGUGUCAAACUGUGCAAAGCCUCCACAUACAUUAACUGGGAGGAUCAUUCUGUCAUCUUCCUUUUGGUGCAGUCCAUUGUAGUGGAUCUCAAAGCUCUCCUGUUCAACCCCACUAAGCCAUUCUCACGAGGUACUGGGUGCCAGAGUGCUGACGUGGACCUGAUGAUCGACUGCUUUGUGUCCUGCUUCCGCAUCAACCCACACAACAACCAGCACUUCAAGGUGUGUCUGGCCUCCACCUCCCCUCCAACCUUUCAUUUCGUCCUGGUCAACUCUCUGCACAAAAUCAUCACUAAUUCUCACUUGGACUGGUGGCCAAAGAUCGAUGCCAUCUACUGCUACUCAGGAGAGCUGCGUGCCAUGUUUGCAGACACACAAAGCCGAGUCGUCCAAAGCCUCAGUGCCCACGCACCGCUGAGGAUGACCCCGAGUCUGACAUUCAAGGAGAAGAUGACAACUAGUUUGAAGUUCAAAGAAAAGUCUGCAGAUUUGGACUCUCGCUCACUCCUAUUGGCUUUGGUGAAACUCAUCCAUGCUGACCCUAAACUAAUGCUACAUAACCCUGGUAAACAGGGCCAGGAGAUCCAGAACAGCACAACUGAACUCAUCAUAGGCCUGGUCCAGCUGGUGCCCCUCACACACACUUCAGAGCUCUCUCAGGAAGCCAUGGAGGCACUUUUGGUGUUGCAUCAGCCUGAGACCAUUGAGCUUUGGAACCCUGACACACCUAUUGAGACCUUCUGGGACAUCAGCUCCCAGGUCCUGUAUCUCAUCUGCAAGAAGCUGAUUGGCCACCAGAUGAUCAACAGCACAGAGAUAUUAAAGUGGCUGAGGGAGAUUCUCAUCUGCAGGAACAAGUUCCUCCUGAAGAACAAAGAGAACGCCACACAGGGUAGUUUGAUCCCCAUCAGCAAGCAAGCGCAGACCAAGCUGGAGGUAUGUCUGUACUCGUUCCUGUGGAGUCCGGAUGCAGAGGCUGUGCUGGUGGCCAUGUCCUGCUUUAGACACCUGUGUGAGGAAGCAGACAUCCGCUGCAGUGUGGAUGAGCUGCCCGUACAUACGGUCCUGCCCAACUACAACACCUUCAUGGAGUUUGCCUCCGUAAGCAACAUGAUGGCCACAGGUCGCUCUACCCUACAGAAGAGAGUGAUGGCUCUGCUAAGGAGGAUAGAGCAUCCAACAGCUGGGAACAUAGAGGCUUGGGAGGAUACACAUGCUAAAUGGGAGCAAGCAACUAAACAAAUUCUAAACCACCCAAAGAACAAAGUUGAAGAUGGGCAAGAGUGGAUCAACAUGACCGGUUUCCUGUGUGCUCUGGGUGGCGUUUGUCUGCAGCAACGCAGUACACCCAGCCUGGGCACCUACAGCCCCCCCAUGGGCCCUCUGAGUGAGCGCAAGGGCUCCAUGAUCUCCAUGGCCUCCUGUGAAGUGAACAGUGAGACACCCCUCAGCAGGUUCUUGGAGCGACUGCUGUCCCUCAUGGUUUGCACGCAUGAGAAGGUGGGCCUGCAAAUCCGUACCAACGUUAAAGACCUGGUGGGUCUAGAGCUGAGCCCUGCCCUCUACCCGAUGCUCUUCACCAAGCUGCGCAACAGCAUAGGGCGCUUCUUUGACACCCAGGGACCGGUACCAAUCACUGAUACAAACACACUGUUUGUGGAGCAGACCAUUGCCAUCAUGAAGAACCUGCUGGACAGCCACACUGAGGGCAGCUCUGAGCAUCUGGGCCAGGCCAGCAUUGAGACAAUGAUGCUCAACCUGGUCAGGUAUGUCCGCAUUUUAGGAAAUGGAGUCCAUGCGAUUCAGAUUAAAACCAAACUGUGCCAGUUAGUGGAGGUAAUGAUGGAGCGCAGGGAUGAUCUUUCUUUCUGUCAAGAGAUGAAAUUCAGGAAUAAGAUGGUGGAGUAUUUAACUGACUGGGUGAUGGGGACCUCCAAUCAAGCAGCAGAUGAUGAUGUUAAAUAUCUCACACGGGAUCUGGACCAGGCAAGUAUGGAGGCAGUUGUUUCUCUGUUGGCUGGCCUACCUCUGCAGCCUGAGGAGGGAGAUGGAGUGGAGCUGAUGGAGGCGAAAUCUCAGCUCUUCCUCAAGUACUUCACAUUGUUCAUGAAUCUGCUGAAUGACUGCAGUGAAGUGGAGGAAGACGGUCAGCAGGUGGCUGAGAGGAAGCGGGGAAUGUCCCGGCGUCUUGCCUCCCUGCGCCACUGCACCGUGCUGGCCAUGUCCAACCUGCUUAAUGCCAACGUAGACAGUGGCCUAAUGCACUCCAUAGGCCUGGGCUACCAUAAAGACCUGCAGACGAGGGCUACCUUUAUGGAGGUGCUGACUAAGAUCCUACAACAGGGCACAGAGUUUGACACACUGGCUGAAACCGUUCUGGCUGACCGCUUUGAAAGGCUAGUAGAGCUCGUCACUAUGAUGGGGGACCAAGGGGAGCUUCCCAUCGCCAUGGCGCUGGCCAAUGUGGUGCCCUGCUCUCAGUGGGACGAGCUGGCCAGGGUGUUGGUGACACUAUUUGACUCCAGGCACCUGCUGUACCAGCUGCUCUGGAACAUGUUCUCUAAAGAGGUGGAGCUGGCUGACUCCAUGCAGACUCUCUUCAGAGGAAACAGUCUGGCCAGCAAGAUCAUGACAUUCUGCUUUAAGGUGUACGGAGCUGCCUAUCUGCAGAAACUUCUGGAACCACUGUUGCGAGGUGUCAUCACCACUCCUGAGUGGCAGCACAUUAGUUUUGAGGUGGAUCCCACCAGGCUGGAACCCACAGAGAACCUGGAGGAGAACCAGAGGAACCUGCUGCAAAUAACAGACCGCUUCUUCCUGGCAAUCAUCAAUUCCUCCAGCGAGUUUCCGCCUCAGCUGCGCAGUGUUUGCCACUGUUUGUACCAGGCUACUUGCCACUCCCUACUGAAUAAAGCCACUGUUAAAGAAAAAAAGGAAAACAAAAAAUCCGUGGUCAGUCAGCGUUUCCCACAGAACAGCAUUGGUGCUGUAGGCAGUGCCAUGUUCCUGCGCUUCAUUAACCCUGCUAUAGUGUCUCCAUAUGAAGCAGGCAUCCUAGACAAGAAGCCCCCUCCUCAGAUUGAGCGAGGCCUGAAGCUCAUGUCUAAGAUUCUCCAGAGUAUCGCAAAUCAUGUCCUGUUCACUAAAGAAGAGCAUAUGAGGCCUUUUAAUGAUUUUGUGAAAAGCAACUUUGAUGCAGCAAGAAGAUUUUUCCUAGACAUAGCAUCUGACUCCCCUCCUAGUGACUCAGUGAACCACAGCCUGUCCUUCAUCAGUGAUGGAAAUGUGCUGGCCCUCCACCGCCUGCUCUGGAACAAUCAAGAGAGAAUUGGGCAGUACCUGUCCAGCAACAGAGAUCACAAGGCUGUGGGUAGGAGACCUUUUGAUAAAAUGGCUACCCUCCUGGCCUACCUCGGCCCCCCUGAGCACAAACCUGUAGCUGACACUCACUGGUCCAGUCUCAACCUCACCAGCUCCAAGUUUGAGGAGUUCAUGACCAGGCACCAAGUCCAUGAAAAAGAAGAAUUUAAAGCUCUAAAGACACUUAACAUCUUUUACCAGGCAGGAACAUCUAAGAAUGGCAAUCCUGUCUUCUAUUACAUCGCUCGCAGGUUUAAAACGGGGCAGAUCAAUGGCGACCUUCUGAUCUACCAUGUGCUGCUGACCCUCAAGCCAUACUACGCCAAACAGUAUGAGAUAGUAGUGGACCUCACUCAUGUUGGCCCAAGCAACCGCUUCAAGACAGACUUCCUCUCAAAGUGGUUUGUCGUAUUUCCGAAUUUUGCUUAUGAGAAUGUCGCUGCAGUCUUCAUCUACAACUGCAACACCUGGGUGCGAGAGUACACAAAAUACCAUGAGCGAUUGCUGACUGGUCUCAAGGGGAGUAAGAAGCUAUUGUUUAUUGAUUCACCUGCACGACUCGCUGAACAUGUGGAGCCUGACCAGCAGAAGCUUCCUGCUGCAACUCUGGCCCUGGAGGAGGACCUCAAAGUUUUCCAUAAUGCCCUUAAGCUUGCCCACAAAGACACAAAAGUGUCCAUCAAGGUCGGCUCCACAGCUGUGCAGGUGACGUCAGCUGAGCGUACCCGUGUUCUGGGCCAGUCAGUCUUUCUCAACGAUAUCUACUACGCUUCUGAGAUUGAAGAGAUCUGCCUUGUGGAUGAGAAUCAGUUCACUCUGACCAUUGCCAAUCAAGGCACACCCCUAACCUUCAUGCACCAGGAAUGUGAUGCCAUAGUGCAAUCAAUCAUCCAUAUCCGCACACGCUGGGAGCUCUCUCAGCCUGACUCCAUUCCCCAGCACACUAAGAUCAGGCCAAAAGAUGUGCCUGGCACUUUGCUCAACAUUGCCCUUCUCAACCUGGGGAGUUCCGAUCCUAGUCUGAGGUCAGCAGCAUACAACCUCCUGUGUGCCUUAACCGGCACUUUUAACCUCAAGAUUGAAGGGCAGCUUCUGGAGACAUCUGGCUUAUGCAUCCCAGCCAACAACACCCUUUUUAUUGUGUCUAUAAGUAAGACACUAGCAGCCAAUGAACCUCACCUCACCCUGGAGUUUCUGGAAGAGUGCAUCUCUGGAUUCAGCAAGUCAAGUAUUGAACUGAAGCACCUGUGUCUUGAGUACAUGACUCCUUGGUUGCGCAACCUGGUGCGCUUCUGUAAGCACAAUGAUGAUGCCAAACGGCAGCGCGUCACUGCCAUUCUAGACAAGUUGAUCACCAUGACCAUCAAUGAGAAGCAGAUGUACCCCUCAAUUCAGGCUAAGAUAUGGGGCAGCCUGGGACAGAUAUCAGACCUGCUUGAUGUGGUGUUAGAUAGUUUCAUAAAGACCAGUGCUACUGGCGGCCUGGGAUCCAUCAAAGCAGAAGUAAUGGCAGAUACAGCUGUUGCUCUGGCUUCAGGAAAUGUCAAACUGGUAUCCAGCAAGGUCAUUGGCCGCAUGUGUAAAAUCAUUGAUAAGACAUGCCUGUCUCCCACUCCUACACUGGAGCAGCACCUGAUGUGGGAUGACAUUGCCAUCUUGGCCCGCUACAUGCUCAUGCUCUCCUUUAAUAACUCUCUGGACGUAGCGGCUCACCUGCCAUACCUCUUCCACGUGGUCACCCUGCUUGUGGCUACGGGACCCCUCUCCCUCAGAGCCUCCACCCAUGGCCUGGUCAUCAACAUCAUCCACUCACUGUGUACUUGUUCUCAGCUUAACUUCAGUGAGGAGACUAAACAGGUGCUGCGGCUGAGCCUGACUGAGUUUUCACUGCCCAAGUUCUACCUGCUGUUCGGCAUCAGUAAGGUAAAGUCAGCAGCGGUCAUAGCUUUCCGCUCCAGCUACAGAGACCGCUCCUUCUCCCCGGGCUCAUAUGAGCGAGAGACCUUUGCUCUGUCCUCUCUAGAGACAGUUACUGAAGCCCUGCUGGAGAUCAUGGAGGCUUGUAUGAGGGACAUUCCUGGAUGCAAGUGGCUAGACCAGUGGACAGAGUUAGCUCAAAAGUUUGCUUUCCAGUAUAACCCAUCUCUUCAACCACGGGCGCUGGUGGUGUUUGGCUGCAUCAGUAAGCGAGUGACUCAUGGCCAAAUCAAACAGAUCAUCCGAAUCCUCAGCAAGGCCAGUCCCCUUCUAAGCAUUGACCGGGGACUGGAGAGCUGCUUAAAGGGGCCAGAUAAUUACAACAGCCAGGUUCUCAUUGAGGCAACAGUCAUCGCACUCACCAAACUACAGCCCCUCCUCAUCCAGGACUCUCCCAUGCAUAAGGCUCUGUUCUGGGUGGCAGUAGCAGUGCUGCAGCUGGAUGAGGUGAAUUUGUACUCUGCUGGGACCGCAUUGCUGGAGCAGAACCUGCACACACUAGACAGUCUACGGGUUUUUAAUGACAAGAGUCCUGAGGAGGUGUUCAUGGAAAUUCGGAAGCCUCUAGAAUGGGACUGUAAACAAAUGGACCAUUUUGUAGGCCUCAACUUUAACUCCAACUUCAAUUUUGCACUAGUGGGACAUCUGCUGAAAGGUUAUAGACACCCAUCUUCUGCCACAGUGGCCAGGACUGUCCGUAUCCUUCACACACUUCUGGGCCUGGUGGGCAAACACCGCAACUGUGACAAGUUUGAGGUGAACACUCAGAGUGUGGCCUACUUGGCAGCACUUCUCACGGUCUCAGAGGAGGUGCGCAGCCGCUGCAGUCUCAAGCACAGAAAGUCUUUGCUGCUCUCAGAUGUUACCAUGGAGAAUUUCCCUGUGGACACAUACUCAGUUUAUCACCCUGAGCCUGGCUGCAGGCCGCUGAAGGAAAGUCAGCCAUGGACCUCACCCAAAGUAUCAGAGCGCUACCUGGCAGCAUAUUAUCCCACAGUGGGGCAAACCAGCCCCCGCACACGCAAGUCCAUGAGCGUGGACAUGGGGCAGCCCUCACAGGCCAAUGCCAAAAAACUACUGGGCACCAGGAAGAGUUUUGACCAUUUAAUAUCUGACUCCAAAGCACCAAAGAGACCAGAGAUGGAAUCGGGCAUCACCACUCCUCCAAAGAUAAGACGGGUGGCUGAGAAUGAUUACGACAUUGAAACUCAAAGAAUAGCCAACUCCCACUUGCGCAAGGUCUCCGUGUCAGAAUCCAAUGUGUUGCUGGAUGAAGAAGUGCUCACUGACCCCAAGAUCCAGACCCUGCUCCUCACUGUGCUGGCCACACAAGUGAAAUACACCACCGAUGAGUUCCACCAGAGGAUCCUAUACGAGUAUUUGGCUGAAGCCAGCGUGGUCUUCCCAAAAGUGUUUCCAGUUGUGUACAAUCUGCUGGACUCCAAGAUCAGCACCCUGCUGUCCAUGUGCCAGGACCCCAACCUCCUGAAUCCUGUUCAUGGCAUUGUCCAGAGUGUGGUCUACCAUGAGGAGUCGCCCCCUCAGUACCAGCCCUCCUGCCUUCAGAGCUUUGGUUUUAAUGGACUGUGGAGAUUUGCUGGACCCUUCUCUAAGCAAACCCAGAUUCCAGAUUAUGCUGAACUAGUGGUGAAGUUCCUGGACGCUUUGAUUGACACCUACCUUCCAGGUAUUGAAGAGGAGGGAGGGGAGGAGUCCCAGCGAACACCCACCUCUCCAUACCCCCCCAGUGUUCAGAGCCAGCUCAGCAUCACAGCCAACCUCAACCUCUCCAACUCCAUGACCUCACUGGCAACCUCACAGCACUCACCAGAGGGCCCUAUAGUUUAUAGACGUUCCCCGACUAUGUCUCAUGCCAGGACAACAGAAGAGAUGCCACCGAAAACCGCUGCCUCUCUGCCUUGCUCUAAGUCGGCUGUGUUUCCACCACAUCUCGUCCUCCCAGGUAUUGAUAAGGAGAACGUGGAGCUGUCCCCUACCUCCAGCCUGUGCAGUGGUGGCCGAGCCCGUCACGGUUCAGCCAGCCAGGUGCAGAAACAGCGCAGUGCUGGCAGCUUCAAACGCACCAGCAUCAAGAAGAUCGUCUGAACAUGCUCUGAGACCACAUUCGGUAUUCAGGAAGCUGCAUUAAUUACCUUUCUACAUUAACAGUUUCUGUUGCUAUGUUUACCAGUCUAAGAAGGUUCCCGAGUAGAAGAACCGCUUACGUUUGAGCUUUUGUUUGUUGCGGAAGCCGGGAGAGAAAGAACAAUGUUUACCUGUAUGUUUGCAUGUGGAGGAUAAUGAUCUAAGAGACUGAGAUGAUCACUGAACCUCUCAGCACUGAAGUUCAGAAUUGGCCGUCUUGAGAAGCUUUUGAUGGGUGCAUGAAGGGAAGACGUUGUAAACUUGCACAUCUCUCUGCAGUUCACAUCCUUUUUCCCCCAGCACAGUCAGGGGAGCCUGAAGGAGCCCACAUGAGUCUAAAGACACUUUCUGCUAUUUUAAUCUUCAGCAUCAGCAGGAGAUCAUACAGACUGUAGAACAAGCCACCAGCGUGCCCUCGAAAGUUCUCUACGAUUUUUGAGAUUGAACGCUGAAGGCCUGCGACAGUAAGGUCUGGAAAAACUUCAAAACCAGGGACUUGCGUAAGCGACCACUACGCCUGACCAAAACUGACUGUGGAGAAAGACAGCCUCAAAGUCUUUGGCAGGAUCCAUUUGUCCUGAGAGUAGACGAGUGAAUCAGCAGGUCCUUGGAGAACCUGAUAUCCACAGGUUGCUGUCUAGACUGGCAAUCGGAUGUCAUUGUGAUACUAAGCAGAUGUAUAUAUGGAACCGAUAUGGACGAGGAGGAGGAGGAUGAAGAGGAUGAUGAUGAUCACACAUUUUGGGUUGCUGUUUAGUCCAUUGUGUGCCUUUGUCAGGAUUAUCAGCUGUGUAUAGUUUGUAAGAUAAGCUGAGGAAGG